AUGUCAGUGCGGUAUGCGGAAACCAACACGCUGGUGAAGCACAUCGAUGGAAAAACAUUUGAACGGAUAAAGUUUAUCGUUAUUGAUGAUGAUUUAAGUGCUUCUUUCACCUCUAAAAACCUUGCUGGGGUCAACCCCCAGUCCGAUAAAUUCAGGCGUUACAGAUUACCACAACCACAGGACGAAGGAAGUUGUGACAAUCCUAGCGUGAUCAAUACUGAGCAAGACGUCUCGCGGAUCAGCAAAUUCGUUUGCUGGUCCCAAGGACCAUUAGUUCCUUAUAAACCGAAGAUAGCCUUGAUAUUUGAAGUCGAAGGCCCAUUUAAAAAGGUCCAAAAAUUCAACUGGAACGAUACCCCUAGAGCUAGCGUGUUUAUGUGCAACAAAAAUGGAGAAAUAAAAAAACUGGCGUUCGGUGAUGCUCGCGUAUCAGGUGUUGAAUUCAUAUCACUAGGGAAACCAGCACCUAUUUCAAGUUGUGGUGAUACAGCUUCGUUCUUAUCUUUAAUUCCAGGCAACGAGAGAGCGGAGGAAAUCUUUGAGACGAUCAUGGAUAAAACAGCGUUGGAAAUUCAAAGGGCUAGAUGGGGUAUUUCGUCUUCUAUGUUGUUUUCGUCAUCAGAGAGUAACUCUGAUGACGAUGAUAAUUCACUAUGUUUGAAACCCAGAACUUCUAAAAAGGUUACAUGGGACGAUGAACCAUCUCAACCAACCAAUCCCAGUCGGCCUGGUAAGAAAGGAUCGAUGGAAAGGAAGCUAGUUGCUCAAGUUGGGAACCUAUGUCAUGCUCCGAGGGGGUUAGAGACCGGACAGGACAACCUCACAUCAUCGAAGCCUCUUCAUCCCAAACCUUUCCAUCACGGUUAUCAUCAUCCACUAUCAUCAGCACAAUUUUUCGGAGCAGGCGCAGCCAAUAUUCCUCCAAGGUCACCAAUGAGCGCUAAUAAUAUUGCGGAGACAGGAUUUACGGCCACAGAACCGGCGAAUAUCGAUCAUAUCAAUCAGGAUCUAACAAUUGACUUAUCAUUUCGUAAACGUCGUAUGGAUGCGUUUAGAAGAAACACGAAGUCGGAUAUCCCUAAACUAGGAGUUAUCGAAGCAAAGCAGCCAGGGUCAAUCCUUCGAAAACCAGAUUUGAGUUCGGAUCAAUCCGCUGGUGAUGAAUUCAAAGAAUACCAGGAACGGGCUUCAGGAAAUCACCGUGCUCCCCCGACCCAUCAUUCAUUUCCUCCCUUAAGUGCACCAGCAGACACCACGCAGAUCGAUGAACAACGCUCGAAAAGUCUCGAUAGAGACAUUUGCACGUGUGGGAAACGUCAUACUAAAAAUUCCGAGAAUGCAGCUCCCCAGAAGCUUGAUAGUGACACUUCUGGCAUGGCGCCAGCGGAUCCUGAUACUACACGCGAUGUUCCAUGCGCACAAUUGACAGAUAAGGUCACUAGCGGUAAACCUAUUAGUAUCAAUACUGAGGUGAAAUUGUCCGAUUGUUCAAGGCCACAUAUUGGUUCCGAUUUCGACAAUUGCGGCAUUUGUACUUCUGCAUCUAGAACCUGUGCUGUCGAAUCACCUACAGGCUCCAUGGAUAGUGCUUUUGGCACUAGCCUCCAAAUUUCUGGAAAUAAGAAAACCAUUAUAUCUCCACAUCCUUCUCAAUUUGACCUUAGUGGACUCUCCCGUACGUGUGAACAGCCAGCGCCACCUCAGGAUGAUGUUCAACCAGACAAUAUCCAACCAUACGAGAUCUGCCGCAGCGAUGAUCCGGUUUUCGAUGGUAGUAUUAUCCAACGCGGCUUUUUUCCCAAAUAUCCGAACAAGGAGGCACCUGCGGUUGAAUAUCGGAAACGUAUUGGUGGUGUUGGGAACUGGUACCAGUGGCCACCUAUCCAGGUCUCCAGAGAGUACCUUCCGGAGGGGUUGAAAGAGUUCGAUUGGAGCUCGACUGACAGUGGCAAACGCGGAGAGUUCGUUCCCGGUGGUAUUUCGUGGUAA